CGUUCGAAAUUUCCAUAUAAAAGCGCUAGGGAGCCCCACCGCGAGCUUAGUCGUUUUGGAACUUUUCACGCGUUCGCUGCCUCAGUCUUUCGUUUCGUCUUUAUCCCAUCCGCUUCACAAUGAAAUACGCCGUGAUUGCCAUCGCCCUGUUUGCGAUUUCUGCCGCCUCGGCCUCUUCCGCUGGCCAGUUCUUGCCCCGUGCCUUCUUCACCUUGGACUCGGAGGGUCACCCGUCGGAUGUCCACCCAGUGAAUGGCCAUCUGCUGAGGCGUCUGCGUCGCCAGGUGUUUAGUUCGUCAUCCUCGUCGUCAUCCUCCUCAUCCUCCAGUGGAAACGGCGGCACCUCAACCUACACUUCUACCUCGCACUUCGUUCAAAAUCCCGAUGGCUCCGGUCAAUCGGGAAGCUCUUACACCCAGCAGGCUGCUCCUGCCUCUGUGUCCUUCGAUAGCCGCUUUGGCGAGGACUCCGCCACUGGAAACUAUAAUCCCAGCAUCAACAACUACAACAACGGCGCCUACAACAACGGCGCCAGCAACGGCGCCUACAACCAGGCUGCGUCCAUCAACACCAACACCGGAUUUGGAACCCUCAGUAGCUCCCAGCAGAGUUACGGAGCCGGAGCCGUGCCCACCACCCAAAUCCAUCAAACCGUCACCAGCUUCGAUGCUAGUGGAAACCAGAAGGUGACCACCAUACACGGUGCCACCGACGAAAGCGGCGUUCUUAACGUCCAGAAGACCGAAGCCAAUUACAGUGGCUAGAACAUAGAUUAUUUUCGAGUGUAAACUUUUA